CUUAAAAAAAAAAAGAAAAGAAAGCUGGAGUAACUAUAUUAAUUUAAAGAAGACUUAAAAGCAAAAAGAAUUGUUGGGGAUAAAAAGGGACAUUACAGAAUAAUGAAAGGGUCAGUUCUCCAAGAAACAUAAUAGUCCUUAGUGCAUAUGUACCUAACAACAAGGCAUCAAUAUAUCUGAGGGAAAAAUGAUAGAAUUGCAAGCAAAUAUAGAUGAACCUACUAGUACAGUUAGAGAAUUCAAAAUCUCUCAGUAAUUAACAGAUUCAAUAGUAAAAAAAAAUUAGUAAGGCCAUAGUUUCCCUGAAUAACACUAUUAGCAAGAUCUAAUUAACAUUUAUGGAAUACUUCAUAUUCCAAAUAUAGCAGAAUAUGCAUUUUUCUCAAGUUCAUAGAAAACAUUCACUGUGAUAGACCAUAUUCUGAGCCAUAAAACACAGCUUACCAAAUUUAGAAAAAGGUAAGCCAUAUGCACAAUAUGCUGUUAUACCACAAUGGAAUUAAACUAGAAAUCAAAAACAGAAAGAUACCUGGGAACCUUUAAAAAAAAGUUUGGAUGUUUAACACACUUAUAAAUAAUCAUGGGCUAAAGAAGAAUUCUCAAAAGAGAUUUAAAUAACUUUUUAACUAAAUGAAAUGAAAGUAUUAAGUUUGUGGACUGAAGUGGAAGCCAAGCUUAGCAGAAAAUGUAUAGCAUUGAAUGAAAGAUCUAAAAUUGGCAAUCGAAGCUUCCACUUUAAGAAAUUAGAAAAAGAAUGAAAAAUUUAAAAAUAAGCAAAAGAAAAGAAAUAAUAAAAAUUAGAAUAGAAAUCAAUGAAAUCAAACCAGGAAGCCAAUAAAGAAAAUCAAUGAAACUGAAAGCUGGCCCUUUGAAAUGAUGAACAAAAUCGAUAAACCUCUAGCUAGGUUAAGAAAACAGAAGACAAAAAUUGCCAAUGUCAGUAUACCAGCAAUGAAUGGUUAGAACUUUAAAAACACAGUAACAAUAACUUAUUAGUAACAAAAUACUAAAUGCUUAUGUAGAAAUCUAAUAAAAUAUGUUUUAUAAGAUCUGGUGAAAGAAGUCAACUAAAUACAUGGACCAAUGUUUCAUGUUCCUGUAUAGGGAUACUCACUAUUAUCAAGAUUUUGGUUUCUCCCAACUUGAUCUACAGAGUUAAUAUAAUCCCAAGAAGUUAUUUUGUAGUUAUUGACAAAGUGAUUCUAACAGUUUAUAUGGAGAGGCAAAAGACCCAGAAUAGCCAGCACAAUAUUGAAAAAGAAAGACAAAGUUGGAGGACAGACACUACCUGCCUUCAAGACUUACUCUCAAACUGCAGGAAUCAAGAUUGUGAUAUUGGUGAGAGAACAGACAAAUAUAUCAAUGGAGCAGAACAGAGAGCCCAGAAACAGACCCAGGUAGUCAGCUGGUCUUUGAUAAAGGAGAAAAGGCAAUUCAAUGGAGAAAGGAUAGUAUUUUUUAAUAAGUGAUGCUGGAACAAACAGUGGACCUCCACAUGCAAAAAAAAAUCUAGACACAGACCUUAUGCCUUUCACAAACAUAAAACUCAAGCCACAGACUGGAAGUAAGUCUUUAUAAGACACAUUAUCUGAUGAACGACUGGUAUCAAAAUAUAAAAAGAAAGAAAAAAAAUUAAAAGAAUUCUUUUUUUUUUUUUUUUCUAUACACAAAGAAUUCUUAGAACUCAGCAACAAGAAAGCAACUCAGUUUAAAAAUGGGCAAAAGAGAGCCGCGGUCGCACCCUUUCGGCUCGCUGCGUCCGGGCGCUCGGACCAUGUCUUGGCGCCGCGCUGCGCUGCGGGGGACGAGGCUGGUUCGGAGCUGGAGCUGCUCGGCGGGCCAGUUGGGCGGGGUAGUGGGAGCUGCGGCCUCUGGGAUGGGGAACAGCACAUCAUCAUCUUUGGGGAAGUCAGCAACUGCUCCUGUGAAUCAGAUUCAAGAAACAAUUUCUGAUAAUUGUGUGGUGAUUUUCUCAAAAACAUCUUGUUCUUACUGUACAAUGGCAAAAAAACUUUUCCAUGACAUGAAUGUCAAGUAUAAAGUGGUGGAAUUGGACAUGCUUGAAUAUGGAAGUCAAUUUCAAGAUGCUCUCUACAAAAUGACUGGUGAAAGAACUCUACCAAGGAUAUUUAUCAAUGGAACUUUUAUUGGCGGUGCAACUGACACUCGCAGGCUUCACAGAGAAGGGAAAUUGCUUCCACUAGUUCAUCAGUGUUAUUUAAAAAAAAGUAAGAGGAAAAAAUUUUAGUUAUGUAGGUGCUCAUUACGUUGCUAGUAAAAUGUCAGUGAUUUAAAGUGAUAAUGCCUGAUAAUGCCUUUUAAAUGUUUGAGGAUGUUUUAAAUAUGUAAAUUGUCUUCCUGAAAAAGUUAUAAAACAAUAAAUUGCUGUGGAAAUCUAAAAAAAAAAA